GAGACAACCUUAUGAAACUAGGGCGCCAUCUGGUAACCAAUCGGCUCGCACCUGGUCCAUUUGUUCUUUGUCUGAAUAGCGUUGUUCUGACACUUUCGCUCGAAGUGCCUACUGUUGGCCAUUCCCAGAUAAUGGAGGCUCAACAAGUUCAAAAACGGUCGGUAGACGAAGCGGAAGCGUUACUUGAUGGUGUCUCAGCAGUUGUCGUUGACAUCGAAGGAACAACCACUUCAUUAUCGUUCGUCAAGAAAGUAUUAUUCCCUUAUAUCACUGAGAAUGUUGAAACAUACCUGAAGAACAGAUCUGAUGAUGAAGAAACAAAGGCAGACAUUUGUGCACUUCGUGAAUUGGUAAGAGACCAAAACUUUAAAAGUAUGAUUUAGUUAUUGUGACAAAAG